GUAGGCGUGAUCAUCUCCAGCAUGCAAACCUGUGUCUCGAGUCGAGUGUUGUAUAAGGCUGAGCUGAGCUGAGCUGAUGUUUAAUCCUGAUUCUUGUCGCUUGAAGUUCAACCAUUAAUUUUAGCUGAUUUGUGUACCAUACUCCUUAGUUUGCGAAAAUAGAGGAAGGAAUUUUUAUUAACUUUUUAUGUGAAUUUGCAUGGAAUGGAAGUCUUGAUGAAGAACAUCAACCGGCUGUAUCUAGACCUAUUAUUCAUCAUGUGAGGUGAUGCAUCUGCAGCAGUUUCAUUCUGAAGAAUCUAGAUCUAGCCCUAGGUCUAGAUCUACAGGAUUUUAUGUGCAUUAACCUACAUAGUUUUACAUCGGGACAAAACAAUUUGACUGAAAUAGUGAAGUGUGUUUGAAUGAGGAAAUCAGUCCACCACAGUGUACAGCCAUGUUGCUGUUAGUAGAGAGGGACUAAAACAAGUGCUAAAAUGGAAGUGGAACAACAAUGGGAUGCAAGGGAACAAGUCUUUCAUGAUGCAGUUAGAGAAUAUUUGAUUGACUUUCUGUUUUUUACCAUAUUGUACCUGUCAUCGUAUGCAGUGAUAUGUCGAUACAAGCGACGAACUGAUAGAGAGGAUUUGUACUCUGCUGAUGCAGAGGAUGCUAUGGUUUACAGCAUUGCUCUAUGGCUCUGUACCUUUACAAUGGCUGUAUCAGUUGGGACUGUUCUACUACUCCCUCUCUCUAUCAUCAGUAAUGAAGUUCUCCUAUGGAACCCUAAGAGCUUCUACAUCCAGUGGCUGAAUGGCUCUCUUAUUCAUGGUCUAUGGAACUUGAUCUUCCUGUUUUCCAAUUUGUGUCUUUUUGUGCUUCUGCCAUUUGCAUACUUUUUCACGGAAUCUGAGGGAUUUCCAGGCUCUAAAAAGGGCAUCAGAGGACGUGUGUAUGAGACAUUCAUGGUGUUACUAAUGCUGAGUAUUUUAGUCUUUGGUCUCGUAUGGGUGUUUAGUGCAUUACUGGAUGAUACAGACUCCAGCAGGGAAACGUUACAGAGAGUGUCCACAUCAUAUAUUCCAUAUCUGUAUUCAUGCAUGGCGCUGUUGGGAGUUCUCAUGUUACUCAUUUCAACACCUUUAGGCUUUGCCCGAUUAUUCUCUGUUAUUGGAAAACUGGUUGUGAAGCCACAAUUCAUGGAAAACAUUGAUGAGGAGUUUCACACAGCGAAGUUUGAGGAAGAAGAUAUUCUAAGAAAAAUACAAGUGGACCAAGAAUUAGCUAAUGGUCAUCUAUCACAGCUGCGAGAGCGUCUCUCGGAUGUGACUCGCGAGCGUAAGAUCCUGGAGCGGAGGCGGAGAGCUUCCUUCUUCCAGCGUAUCGUUGGUUAUCCACUGGUCUGGAUUCUGCUCUUCCUCCUCACUGUUCUCUCUCUGUGCAUGGUGGGAUGGAAUGUGGUGAGAUUACUCUUUGGGAUUGGAGCCUUGCCAGUCAACAUCACGGAGGCUGGCCUAGGGAAGGUGUCACUCUCGAGGUUAGGUGCUUUUGGUGCAUUGCUUGAAGUCUGUCUAAUUUUUUACCUAAUGCUUGCCUCUAUGGUUGGUCUGUAUGCAAUGCCCGUCUUCAGAAGACUGGUUCCUAAGAGGAGAGAUACACCCAUGACUAAACUCAUUGCUAACUGCCUUGUAGUACUCAUCUUGAGCUCAGCACUGCCAGUCUUAUCCAAAAUGCUCGGAAUCACAAAUUUUGACCUACUUGGUGAGUAUGGCAGAUUAAACUCACUCCACAAUUUUUACAUGGUGUUGGCCUACAACGCAACGUUUGGCGUAGCGACUUCGUCUUGCCUCGUCAACAAGUUCACAGCAUCGGUACGGAAUUACAUCGUUAACAACGUGCGAGUCUAUGUCUACAAGAUGCGCAGGACAACAAAACUGAGGCCGGCAUGGAACGCGGUUAAUGUCGUUGCAACGGCGAAUGGGACUGCGACAGGGAGCAAGAAUGACUGAAUAAAAAAAAAACUUCAGAUAUCCAUCCUGUGUACAUCCGUUCUACAGUACAUACUUCUUGCAAGUAUGUCAAGACCAGCUUGCAGAGGUCAGAGGUCAGAGGUUAUAGGUCAAGACUGUGUAGACCGCUUAACGGGUGUUGCGCCAGCCACCGUAGAGACUGUGCUUCAUGAAGGAUCACCAUUCACCCUGCAUGUAGCAGCAAGUGAUGUUCAUUCAAAGGCUGAAAACAGAAAAAGACUGUCACAACCAUAGCUGCAUCUGUCUGUGUUUUGGUUUGAUUGUGUUAUUAUCUUCAAUGUGUGUGAUUUUGAUGAAGUUUGUGAUCAUUAUUUUUGCCAAAGGUAUGUCUUUAUCGAUUUGAUUUGAUUAGGAUAGGUGCUGUGGACAUAAUACAGCUAUACAGAUU